GGCAGUGGGGCGUGACUGUGGACUCAUUUCUUUGUGAGUGUGUCCCUGUUCCUUAUACGCUCAAAAACACGCACCCAUCAAUUGCAUGGCCUCAACACGCAGAAAUAGCAGCAUCCGAGCAUCGAUCUGCAGCGUGAAGAGAAAGACUGCUGGAGAGAGAAUCGCCAGCAGCUCUCUCGGUUGCGAAAAACGAUUGCCACGUACGUCAAUAUUAUACGGAAAGAUCAGUGACACGAAAGCAUCUCGUAUGUAUGUGGCCACAAGAAUGCAACAAUGUUGCAAAAAACGAUUGCGAGACAUACAGAUAGACUUGACGACAUGCAGGCACGCACCAUGUCGCUAGCACAGCACCGUCAUGUCAUCACUCGAAGCUGAAGUGGUCCAGGACGCGCUCCCAGUGGUCGAGGUAGCUCAUCCGCACCUCGUAGGGGAUGCGGAGGGCGCUCUCAGGGGUGAGCUCCUCUUCGUACAGAGUGGCCUUGCCGCUCGAGCCGUCAAAGUCCACGCCAGUCACGUGCACCCUGAGAAAGGCGACGGUCGUCUCGCCAUGCCGAUGGCCGUGGAGGAUGACGUACCUGGACAAUACACAGAGACAAAGAUUCAGUCACUCAAGUCCGCCAUCCUGGCUCUUGGCAUUCCCAUCCCAGUACCGGUGAGGUAAACAAGGGACGCGCAGGCCGACGAUGCGGGCUGUGGGGCGGAAGUUGUCCAGCUGCCCACGGUCGUGGAGGACGUCGAGGGUGAGGUAGUCGCCGAUGUCGAUCGGCUGCGUGUUGAGUGCGAGGAAUUUGUCAUCGACAGCACCGUCGUAGCUGAUGGCCUCGUCAUGUCGGGGCGACCUCUCGAAGGGGAGGGUGAUGGUCAUGGCGAAGGCUGUGAAUGAGGGGUGGAUCGUCAUACCCAGACCCGACCGGAUGACAGGGUCGUCCACGCUGUACGACGCCUGAAGAGGUGAAAAUGAGGAUGGAUACAGACAGAAAGAAGAACACAUAACAAACUCACCUUGAAGGGAUGGUCGUCAGGCAGAUCGCUGUAGGGGACAAUGUGGAAUGCCUCCCCGCACAGUCGAUAGCUGUCCGCCUGGGUGUCUGCCCCGUAGUCGAGGCUGUCCUCAGAGCCGGCCUCCGACUCGGUCUCCUCACCUUCGUCGACGCCCUCACGCUCACGCUCCUCCUGGGCUGACAGAGAGGGAAGGAAGGAGAACAGAGAAAUGUGCUCUCCAUCGUAUGGCUGGGGGUCGUCUUCACACCUUUUGUCCUGAGCAUAUCCCGGCGGCCCCUCAGCCUCGUUCUAGUGAAUGGGCACACAGGCAUACCCACGCGAAGGGGGAUGGGUGCGUGUGUUGUGUUGGGUGUGUGUGUGUGUGUGUAUAUGUGUGUGUGUGUGUGUGUGUGUGUGUACCGCUGCGACGGGUCGAGUUGGAUGACCUUAAGGAUGUCCCUGAAUGCGAGCCGCCACUUGUCCUGCGCCUCGUACGCAGUGCAGCGGCGGUGGUAGGCCUACACACACACCACAGACAUGAAGGCCUGAAUGCAGCGUACCGUAUGUCGUGAUCGCUCUAGUCACCUUGACGUAUUGCUGAUCGUGCUUGAUGCUCUUUGUGCAGUCCUUGAUCGCUUCGUCGUAGUGGCCCUGCUGCAUGUGACACGCACCCCUGACCGACACACAAGACGACACAACACAGUACACAGAGUCUGUCCAGUUGAUGUUUUUUCCUCCCUCUUUUCCUCCCUGCACACACACCUGUUGGCGAGUAUCAUGGCUUUGAGGCCUCGCUGGUCCCGCGGACACACACGCACUGCAUCUGCCCAACGGACACACACACACCAUACACAUGUCUUGGUUCCCACCACCCCCACGCACCCACGCCCCCACCUGAGUAGAGCUUGAUGGCGUCGUCGUAUCGCCCCUCGCGGUAUUGCACAUUCCCCGCCUCCUUGAGCCGCUCGCACGCCGCCUUGUCCAUCAACACCAGGGUCUGCGGGUGGCCGUUGUUGGACACCAGCUGGCGAAUGUCUUGUAGAUGCCGAUGGCCGGCGGCAGCUGUUUGAAGGCCGUUGUGCUGGGGAUGGUGUCCAUGAUGCCCUGGGGCGGCAGGCGUAUCCGUAGCUGCUCCACCACCUCGAAGUUGUUGGCCACCCGGGCGUACGGCGCCAUCGACGGCCACACGGCCGCGCCUUCUUCAAACACCCAGGCGCAGCGGGAGAGGUACCCGAAGUAGGUGAGCCCAUCGGGCAUCACCACAUCAGCGUGUGCAUCUGUCGGGGCGCUCGCCGGGGGGGCUCCAGCUUCGUCAUCACCUUGGCUGCUGUCCUCAUCUUGAUGCUGCCGCUGGACGUCGAAGAGUCCGUCAGGCCGUGGCGGGUCAGGGAUCUCUCGAUGCGGCGGAGCAUCACCGUGUUGUCGAUGAGAGAUCCCUCAGUGCCGGAGAUGCACCUGAAGGUGAGCAUGUCAUGGAUGGUGCCGAAGCGGCUGCUCCGCCACAGAUCCAGGGGCACCUGGUACGACAUGAUGACGCUUGGAAAGAAAUGAGUGGGGAGGUGGGGGGGAGAAACUGUCAGAAGUGCAAGUCGGUCC